GAGUAUCACUAAUCAAUACCCGGCUCCUAAUAAUACAAUUUAUCAAAACUCUGAAGACAUUUAUCAAAAUGUCGGUGACAAUAAUUACGCUCAUCAACAAAACAUGAUUCAUAAUUAUCUUAUUCAUCAAAACCAAAACCAUGAAGAAAUUUAUCAUAAUAAUUACGUUCGCCAAAACAUGGUUCAUAAUACAAUUUAUCAAAACUCUGAAGAUAUUUAUCAAAAUGUCGGUGACAAUAAUUACGCUCAUCAAAAUAUGAUUCACAAUUUUAUUCAUCAAAAUCCUGGAGAAAUUUAUCAUAAUAAUAAUUACGUUCGCCAACACAUGGCCCAUAAUACAAUUUAUCAAAACCCAGAAGACAUUUAUCAAAAUGUCAGUGACAAUAAUUACGCUCAUCAACAAAACAUGAUUCAUAAUUAUCUUAUUCAUCAAAACUCUGGAGAAAUUUAUCAAAGCAUCGGUAAUAAUGAUUACGUUCACCAACACAUGGCUCAUAAUACAAUUUAUCAAAACCCAGAAGACAUUUAUCAAAAUGUCGGUGACAAUAAUUACGUUCAUCAACAAAACAUGAUUCAUAAUUAUCUUGUUCAUCAAAACCCUGGAGAAAUUUAUCAUAAUAAUAAUUACGUUCGCCAAAACAUGGUUCAUCAAAAUUAUAAGCAUGAGGACGUUUAUCAAAAUGCUGGUGAUGAGAAUUACAUGUGUCAAAAGAUGAUUUAUAAUCCACAAAACAAUUUCAUCGCUGAACAGAACUCAAGUAAUAUUACAAGCAUUAAUCAUCAAAAUAUUGUUGACAGCUAUUUCGUUGGUCAAAAUAAUUUCACUAAUCAUCAAAACUCUACCAUCGUCAACAAUUUGACUAAAGAUCAAACGUUCCUACCCAAAAUGUCGUAA